CCAUAGUCUGGAUGCUACCUGGGGAGCAUAUAUGGUUCUCUCUUGGAUUCUCUGCGCUUACCUCGAUGCAGAAUGAAGACCCUCUCUUCACUGAGUCAGGCUCUGCUGCUCUUCCUUGCUGUAAAGCUCCUGGCUGACAAAGCGCACUGCCAGAAACACUACAAGAACCAGCGGCACAAAAGGAACUGGGUUAUCCCUGCAAUAAAGCUUGUGGAGAAUGUGGAUUACACUAAAGAACAAUUCAUUGCCCAAAUCGGCUCAGAUUUGGGUGGUAAGCUGCGUUACACCCUGAAAGGCCCUGGAGCUGAUCAGCCACCCUAUAACUUAUUCAUGGUGGAAGAGAACACAGGAAAGGUCCGGAUCACGGGAAUUCUGGACAGAGAGGAAAUUCCUUCAUAUAAGCUUGAAGGUGUUGCAUGGUAUAGAAAUAACACCAUUGCUGAAGAGGCCAUAAACUUACCCUUUGAAGUGGGAGACCAGAAUGACAACCCACCUGUGUUUAUUAAACCAGAACCAGCCAGCGUUUAUGAAGGCAGUCCUGUGGGUACAUCUGUAACAACAGUCAAUGCUACAGAUGCAGAUUUGCCAAACUCUGCUCACACUAAGAUUGCCUUCAGCAUAAUCAAGCAGGAGCCAGAUGGCAAGCAAUUCUUUUCCAUUGAUAAACACUCUGGGGAUAUCAGUGUGAAGGACUCAUCUCUGGAUAGAGAGACACAAAACUCUUACGUUCUCACUGUAAAAGCCACGGAUAUGGACGGAGCUCCAGGCGGCAACACAGCAACGACUACAGUGAAGAUCCAUGUCCUGGACAUUAAUGAUAACGUGCCCACUCUGGAGAAGGAUGAGUAUACAGUAUCUGUGGAUGAGAACGUGGCUGAUGUAGAAGUCCUACGCAUCCAGUCCCUGGAUAAAGACGAGGAACGGACAGACAACUGGCUGACCGUAUUUCAGCUUGUGUCAGGAAAUGAGGAUGGAUAUUUCAAUAUUAUAACAGAUCCUGACACAAACGAGGGGGUGCUGUACCUGAUCAAGCCUAUUGACUUUGAGACAGUCACUAAUCUAGAUUUGGGUUUGGUUCUGGAAAACAAAGCUCCUGAGGGAGCUGCAGCAGGGAUGGGGUCUGGAUCUGGGACUGGUGCUGGAACAGGAGCAGGUGGAGUGGGUGGCACAGGAGGGAGACCAAUAAGACCUGGCACUGGAGGAACAGGCACAAGCCUGAUAAAGUACAAGAUAUACAUGUUAAGGGUUAAAGUGAAUAAUAGGCCAGAUGGACCAAAGUACAGGCGAAGUCCUAAAGUUGUGCCUGUGUCAGAGAACACUAAAGGCAGUCCCAUGCCAAGAGUUAUUGCCACUUACCCUGCCAUGGAUGGUGACACAGGAAAACAGGCAGAAAAAGUCAGAUAUGCUAAAGGAUAUGACCCUGCUAACUGGCUGUCCAUUGAUGAAAACACAGCUGAGAUCAAACUCAACAAGAUACCAGAUCGAGAAUCACCACAUGUUGUUAAUGGAACCUAUUAUGCCAAGAUCCUCUGCAUAACUGAUGAUAUGCCGUCUCUGACUGCCACGGGAACCAUAGCAUUAGAGGUAGAGGACUUCAAUGACAACUGUCCUAAAUUGCUCAGUACACUGCAGCGUGUGUGCAGUGAUGUCCCAGAGGUUAAUGUGACAGCAGUGGAUGCAGAUGCUCAUCCUAAUGGUGCUCCUCUUCAGUUCCUUGUGAUUCCAGAGGAGACAACAGGAAAAUGGAACAUGAAGAAGAAAAGUGAUGAAGCAGCCGCACUGAUACCGCAGGAAAGCUUGUGGCCUGGUUCCUACAAAGUCACCAUGGAAAUCAAAGAUCAGCAGGGUUUGGCCUGUCCUGACAAACAAGUCCUCCAGAUAGAGGUGUGCACCUGCUCAGAGGAAGGAACAUGCAGCCACAGUCGUGCUGUUAAAACUGCUGCCACUGCUUCGUUUGGAGCCCUAGGCAUUGGUUUUCUUCUUCUAGGAUUCCUAAUCCUCCUCUUGGUACCAUUGCUUUUGCUGAGCUGUUCCUGUGGCACGACUAAUGGAGGAGUUGGUUUUCCAGAAUAUUUUAAAGACAUGCCAUUUGAUAAAAAAGAAUACUUAAUGGCAUAUCAUACGGAAGGACCAGGGGAAGACAGGGAGAUUCCUCUGCUGAGUGCUCCGCUCUCAAUCUUAUUACCUGAAGGACUGAAUGUCCAAGCAGGCAAUGUGUCUUCAAACAUGGCUGUAAACAUGAACUCAACAGUCCCUGCCACAGCUGGUGUGUUUGGUGGAUAUGAUUAUGCACAGACUGGCAUGAGGGAGAUGGCCUACAACAAGAUACUACAAUGGCCUUCAAGAGAUGACAACUUCCAGUAUUUAAGAGAGAGUGACAUGUCCUUGUCUGAUGGGUUUUUACAAAGAUACUUCACACAGAAAGCAAGUUAUGAAGCGGAGAAUGCACAACUACAGGAAGCUCUGGUGGUGUACAAAUAUGAGGGGCAGGGAUCAACUGCCAGUUCUGUGACCUGUGAUAGCCUUCUUGAAUCGUCUGAUGACCUGGAGUUCCUGGAUGACCUGGGGCCAAAAUUUACCACCCUGGCCCAAGUCUGUGGAUUCACCUGCCCUGAGUUAGAACUUGAGUCCAAAGCAACCUUUGAGAAAACAACUGAAAUUGCCUGUGAAAGAUCUGCAGAUGUUGUGAGCUCUAGUCACGCAAUGAAAACUUCAGAAAUUACUGUUGAGUCACCACCAGCCCCCAUACUGAUGAGUGAGAAUUCAUCCAUGCAAAGCCAAAUGUUAGUGGUUCAGGAACCUUUGUACUACAUGGUCGAGCAGGUGCCCCCCACUGUUCUACUGGCAGGACAGGCCUCUGUUGAAUUAGGGCAAGGCAUGUACCUGGUCAAUGGAAUGUCAGGAACUGAAGGGAUAAUUCUUAACCAAAGUUAUCAUGCAGAAAACCAGCAAAGCAACAUCAUUACAUCCCAACAUCCCAACCCACCUAAAGGCAAAUCUGUCUUGUGUCAGGGAAGUUUGGGGUGGAUGCAUCAGGGUUCCUUCUCUGGAGAAACCGGGUCGGAGGCUGUGAUCAUGACAAGUGGUCAUUCAGUAGUAGGACAAACACCUGGUAUUAGCAAUGGAACCUUACUCAAGGGUGAGCAGGUUGUCAUCAUGGAAAAGGCUACUGGGUCAGGACAUGUGGUUUUAGGGGAAGCCCUAACUAGACUGAAUCAAACUCUAGUUCAGAAUGUUUCACCAGUUCAGAACUUCAUAAUGAUGCCAGGGCAGUUACCUCCAACAGGAUUAAAGCCAAAGAGAGUAAAUACAUUGCAGAUGGGCCUUCAAGGAGUAAAUCACAGAGAAGCUGUACUUGAAGGAAGUGAACAGAAUACAGUAACACUUGUGGAGAGUCCAGGUCAGGUACUAUCCAGGUCCGUAGGAAGACAAGCCACCUUAGCACAGUUAAAACCAGUGAAAAUAAGUAUGUCACAGAGGGGAACUGGGGGGAUAAACCACAAGGAUGUUGUACUUGGAACAAGUGAACAGAAUUAAGCUCUUGUGGAGGGAAACAGGUUUAUGGAAGUUUUCUUAGAACAAGUCCAGUACCCAAGAGCCCUGUAUAGCUGUCUAGUCAUUAAUGGUCAGGAUUUCCCGAAAACAGAGAUGUUCCUUAAAUGGCAGACCAGACAUCACACUGAACACUCAGUUGGUUAAGAUGAUCUUAACUCUCAGAUGCUUUUGGGAAACUGGAUGAGGCUUGGCAGGGAGCUUCUGGAAAUUGUCCAGGCUGGAGGUAGUCAAGGCUUUUAAGAAUCCUUUAAAAAAAAGAUUAAGUGUUUUGAAGGAUUUGGUUAUUGCACUGGCCUAUAAUCUUAUUUAUGUUGAAAUUUUAAAUCUUAGGUAUGUUGAUUCUAAGAUAUAAAAUGCUCAUGCACUGAUCGUUGUACCUUGAAAUAUAAGAUGUUUUAUUAUUAUUUUUAUGGGGCUGUGUUUUUAUGCUAAAUCUAAAUUGCAAGAGUGGCAAAGCUUCCAUAUGAACAAUGUGCUGUUAAUGCCUUGUAAUAUUAAUUUAAACAUUUUCACUUAGUAUUCCCUGAUUAUCCAGGAUAAGAAAAGGAGGACAUGUAUUUUUAUAAUGGUUUGCCAAAUAAUAAUGUUAAAAUAAUUGGUGGUAUUGUUUUUUAGUAAAUAGCAGUCUUGUGUUUCUUUAGGAAGUCUAUGCUUUUGUCAUUUGAUAUUUUUGCCAUUGAUUUCAUAUUCAACUGAUUAUGUCAUACUAUUCAAAAAAUAAUAUUCAAGGCUAAUACUCGAGUAUCCACAAAGGACCAAAAGUCCUUCAGUAUUUUGUUUUGUAAUUGUUAACAAAUGCUUUAUAACAAAACUGG